UCAUCUCUCAUCUCUCAUCUCUCUGCCUCUUUUUUCUAUUUUUCUUCACAACUCAGUUAUCAACCAACCAAAAUUUAGCAAUUUUUUGCACUAGAGAUUCAGACGUGAGAGAGAGAUAAGAUAUUCAUAUUCCCAUAUUAAAAAAAUAAAAAAGAGAGAUUAUAUAUUAUACCAAAUUUGGGGGCAGUGGACUGAUGGUGGCGUGGUAUUGAUCUAUUUCUUGCUUCUGCUAUUACUCUGUUGUGUCGUGCCUGUGCUUGUUGUGCUGCCACUGCCCAGCCCUUCCCAGGAAAAGAUUAUAAAGAAAAGAAGAGAAGAUAUAUAUUUGAUAAGAUAAUGAGUGGUGGGUGCUUCUCAACGAUCCGCUGUGCAGUCAAGGGCUGGUAUAAUUAUUAUAUUUACUUUUCAACUUCUGCUCUAUUCAUUUCAGGUUUAGUUUUGAGCCAUAGCUUCGCUGAAUAUGCAGUGGUGUCCACCUUGAUAGAUUAUCUCACAGGUAAUUGGGAGGAGCAGCAUCUACCAAAAGCUGUAGCAAUUAUCAAAUUCCAGGACGGCGUAGCCACCGUAUUAGCAGUUGUUCUCGCUUAUGUAGCAGAUUCCUGUAUAGGUCGUGUCAACAUGAUUGUCUUUACCACUAUUUCCUAUGUUUCGGGAUUGGUGCUCUUAUGGUGGUCAACCAAGUUCCUUGGUCCAAUUGGAGAAAUUGUAACGUUCUAUGUUGCAGCGGUGAUGCUAGCAGUGGGCAUGUCUAGUCGAGAACCACCUCUAAAGGCCUUUCUAGCUGAUCAGUUGAGCAAGAAAGAAAAUCCAAAUGAAGAAGAGCCGGAACAAAUAGAGGGUCGUACAAAUGUUUGGUGGCGGAUUGCUAGGUUUACUGGAGCCACCAUUGCUCUCUUUUGCCUUCCAAAUGCUUCAUGGGAAAAAGCCUUCAAAGUUUCUGCCCUGGUGAUGGGAGCAAAUCUUUUGCUAUUCUUGUUUGGCUAUGGUAUCUCCGCUUACGGUCUCUCCUUUUACGGUCUCCCCGGUUACAAUAUCCUCAAACCAAACGGGAGCCCACUUCGAAUUAUUCCUAGAGUUGUCAAGUUAGCUAUACACAAUCGGCAUUGCAAUUACCCUCGUUCAGAAAAAGGGUUUUAUCGGAAAAACUAUACACCAAGUCAGUUUGAGGAGAACCAUGGUCAAAUACAUUUGUCGCCAAAAGUUUUAUUUCUCAGAUGGUUAGACAAAGCUGCAAUAAUUGAUGAACGAACACCCUCAAUCAGUCCAGAAGUGCAAGAGAAUUGUGGGCACCUUUGCACAGUUGAACAAGUGAGGGUAGUAAAAAGCCUUUUUUCGUUGAUACCUAUUUGGAUAACCUUUUUCGGUUGUAGUUUGGUUGGAGCUACCGGAAACACUUUCUUUUUUGAACAAACUAGUAACUUGGAUUUCGGCAUUGGCAAUAAUGUCCAAUUUCCUUUAAAAGUUUUAUUUGCCCUCAGGUCCUCUGUGGAGGUCCACAGACUAUAUUUAAUAAACGAAGAGAUGAUUGAUCCUAGUGAUACCACUCGAUCUAUCUCUAUGAGUGUCCUCUGGUUAGUUCCACAGUUUACUUUGUUAGGACUAAUGGAAGGACUGGCCAUUGACGGGCUUCAUGAAUUCUUCUAUGACCAUGUUGCUACAUCAAUGAGGAGUUACGGUCCAUCGUUCAGUGAUUGUGUAUUAGGCUUUGGAAAUUUCAUCAGCAUGCCUUUUGUAUUACUGUGUAGAAGCUGGUUCAAGGAUUCCACAAACACAAGUCAUCUCGACAGGUAUUAUCUGACUUUAGCAAUAUUGAGUUUCGUGUGCCUUGUCAUGUAUGCGUAUGCUUCAUAUUCAUUGAAGCCUUUCCACAUGGGAAAUGCAUCGGAGGAUGAGGCAUUAAACUUGAUCUUGGUACAUGGCACUGAAGCAAAUGUAAACUCCCCUGAACAUAUGGAGGAACCCCUUUUGCAAUCCCAUGCAUCGACUGAAGCUGAAGAGGGACUCCCGCCUGAUGAGGAAUUAAAGGAGAUCUUGGUACAUGGCACUGAUGGCUUAGCUGAAUCCCAGCUAACUUGGAACGUCUCUUUCCCACGGAGAAGAAAUGUGGCUAACGCUGCAGCAGCCACUGCCACUGAAUCCCAACCAACUAAGAGCUUCUCUUUCCCCUCACGGAGCAUCUCUUUGCGCUUAAAGGAUAAAAAGGUUGGGGAAUCAGCCGCAAAUGUAGACUCCCCUGAACAUAUGGAGGAACCCCUUUUGCAAUCCCACGCAUCGACUGAAGCUGAAGAGGGACUCCCGCCUGAUGAUAAGCCAGAGAGCCACCGUGACUAA